UUCUCUUGGCCAAGACGGUGUGACGGGUGACGGACAAAAAAUAUAAGCAUUCAUACGAAAAUACGAAAAAACCAGCGCCAAGAUUAUCGGGAGUAAUAUUAACAUUGUGCAACCUGUAUUAUCUACAACAAUAUCUAUUUGAUAAAGUUAUAUUGUGUAAUCGAGUGUUAGAUGAGUUUAUCAAACGAUAUUUUCCCCCAUAUUUUUUUUUCUUUGCGCACAAUGUGUCAAAGUUUUCCUAUUGUGUAAGUGUGUUUGUGAAUGCUGCUGCUGCUUGGCCUAAAGAAAAACUGUAAAUUUCCAAUUUUGAGCUCUUAGAAAAAAAAGCAUAGAUAAAUUUUUCCAAAAAUCUUGUUAGUUUGGUGAAAGCAAUAGAAAAUUUGAAGUAAACCCGGUCAUAAGUGAAAAAUAGAAUCAAGAAAUUUUGUUUGUUUAUAUAAAAAAUACGUUGAAAGAAAUUAUUAUUGUGCGUCAAAGAAGAAAUAGAAUACAAACAAGAACAAGAGUGACAACAACAACUUCUACCCAAGGAGAGUACGAUUUUGCAUCAUUGGCUUGCUGUCAAAAAUAGGGGAAGCAGUUACUUAAUAUUCUCUCACAUUCGGCUAUAAUUAAAUAAUUUUGAUUCUAUUUUGGAAAAUUUUUACAUUUCGUAUAUAUUUUAUUUGUAAAACUAUUGAUCUCUUAAACUAAAUCUAUCACCGCCAUUGUCGUUCGCGCUUAUCUUUUUAACCAUGUUCAGUCCCGAAUAUGAGAAACGCAUAUUAAAACAUUUUAGUCCCGUGGCUAGAAAUCUUUUCAAUUCAUUUGAAGUUGCUUCAACCACAUCAUCGCUGGAUCGAUUUAUACCUUGCAGAGCAAACAAUAAUUGGCAAACAAAUUUCGCUUCAAUAAACAAAUCAGAUGAAAACUCGCCACAGACUAGUAAAAAACAAAGGGAUUGCGGUGAAACGGCGCGCGAUAGUUUAGCAUAUUCUUGCCUGCUGAAAAACGAACUACUAGGCACAGCCAUUGAAGACGUUAAGGCAAUCAGUGAUGAGCGCAAUGAGAAUGCCUAUACACCAAGAGCCAAAAGGAGUCUUUUCAAAUAUCAAUCACCUACCAAACAGGAUUUCAAUGAACAAUGCCCAUAUUCAUUGUCACCAGUUAGUACGAAAAGUCAAAAGCUGUUAAGAUCGCCCAGAAAAGCUACAAGAAAAAUAUCACGCAUUCCUUUUAAAGUCUUGGAUGCUCCCGAAUUACAAGAUGACUUUUAUUUAAAUUUAGUCGAUUGGUCAUCACAAAACGUUUUGGCUGUUGGUUUAGGUAGUUGUGUUUACCUAUGGAGUGCCUGCACAAGUCAAGUAACACGUUUGUGUGACCUUAGCCCUGAUGCUAAUACCGUAACUUCAGUUUCUUGGAAUGAACGUGGCAAUUUGGUAGCAGUUGGUACACAUCAUGGCUAUGUGACCGUAUGGGAUGUGGCAGCUAGCAAACAGAUCAAUAAAUUAAUUGGUCACUCUGCCCGUGUAGGAGCUUUGGCAUGGAACAAUGACAUUCUAUCAAGUGGUUCACGUGAUCGUCUUAUAAUACAAAGAGAUACCCGCACACCAGCCCAACAAUCUGAACGCCGUUUAGUGGGCCAUCGGCAAGAGGUGUGUGGUCUCAAAUGGUCUCCCGAUAAUCAAUAUUUGGCCAGUGGUGGCAAUGACAAUCGCCUGUAUGUAUGGAAUCAACAUUCUCUCAACCCCGUACAAUCCUACACCGAGCAUAUGGCUGCUGUUAAGGCCAUAGCCUGGUCACCACAUCACCAUGGUUUAUUGGCUAGUGGAGGUGGCACUGCUGAUCGUUGUAUACGCUUUUGGAAUACCCUAACGGGACAGCCUAUGCAAUGUGUCGAUACAGGAUCACAAGUUUGCAAUUUGGCCUGGUCUAAACACUCAUCCGAAUUGGUGUCUACACAUGGUUAUUCACAAAAUCAAAUUUUGGUGUGGAAAUAUCCAUCGUUAACGCAAGUGGCCAAACUAACCGGCCACUCUUAUCGUGUUCUGUACUUAGCUUUAAGUCCGGAUGGUGAAGCUAUAGUGACGGGGGCUGGAGAUGAGACAUUGAGAUUUUGGAAUGUCUUUAGCAAGGCCAGGAGUCAAAAGGAAAAUAAAUCUGUUUUAAAUUUAUUUACAAAUAUUAGAUAAAUUACCAAACAAACACCUGAUCAUCAGCAGCAGCAACAGAUGAAGAAAAUUAAAAGAAAAAAAAUGUCAAAAAAAGAUUACAAGCUAUAAGAAUUAUAUAAAAGAAUUAGUGCUAAGCAAAAUUUUCCUAAUGUUCUUGCAAUCUAGAAGAAUGAAGAAGCUGCAACAAAAUUCUCAUUAUCAUCUCUCUCACUCGCUCGCUCUUAAUCGUCAUGCAAUCAAACAACCAAAAUGCCGCCAAGCACUUUCCUAGAGAGCAAAUCACCAAAUAUGUUUAUUAAGAACUAAUUGUGAAUGAUUGAAUGAAAGAAGAAAGAAACAAGAAACUGAAGACGUAGAUAAAAAGCAACUAAAGGAUAAAUCACUGACUGACUUGUUUUAUAUUUAAAAAUUUUCGCUUUUUU